GACACAUCUUCCAAAAAACAGAAGGCCGAAAACUCAGAAUACAGAAAGCCGAAAAGUAUCCCGGAGUAUAAGAUAAACUAAUCUUAUUUACAUUGUUAUUUAUCUCGUGAAACGUGAAUGAAUUUUGUGGUAAAUUCAUUAAACGAUAAUAUUAACUGAUCUUAGGUGUUUCCUUUUAACGGUGUAGUAGUGUACAGUGAGAACAAAGAGCAGUAUCAGUUGAGGACUAUUGUAUCAUGACGAAGAACUACACACCUAUGGUGCGGUGCUGCGCGCCUUUCUGCGAAAAUACUUUAGACAAUGUGUCGACAUCUGAAAGAACGGGAAUUACCUUUCAUGCAGUACCCAGUGAAGGCAAUCUCCAUACUGCUUGGCUCAGAGCCCUCGGCACACAAGACCAUCACCUGCCCGACCCUGCUGUGGUCUGCUCCCAGCACUUUCUGGAUGACGACUUUUGUACAACAGAGAGUUGUGUGAGGCAGAUUCACUCUCAUGCUAUUCCUUCAAUAGUGCAGAUGUGCAUGAUAUGCCUGGACACUGGCAGCAAGCUGUCUCUAAUGAGUAAACACAAGUUGGAGGAGGCAUAUGAACAGCUAACUGGACUGUCUUUGUUUCAGUUGUGUCGUCGAGGAAACCUGAAGCAAACACUCUGUGUGCUGUGUGCUCAGAGAUUGAUUAACUUCAGUAGAUUUAGAGACUUGAGCUUGAGAGCCCAUUCACUGAUGACAGACUUAGUUGAACAACAUGAAUUAAAUACUAUACAACACAAAGAAUUGAUGAACUGCACAACUGCACAUCUGAAGUGUAAUUUGACACAAACAACAUUAGGAGCUAACCAUUGUGACUUGUACAUAGAUCACACUGAUGAAGAGGAGCAGACAGCAGCAGAGGAAUCUGUAGUGGGAGAUGUUGCAACAGUUGUGGUGAAGAAAGAACGCAGUUCUGACUCCAUGUCGAGUGCUGAUAACUUGGCACAAGACAAUCAUUGUGUAUCCAAGGAGGAAUACGAUAUAAGCAUCAAGUUAGAAGAGGAUCCACUGGCUGAGGCUGUGAGUGAAGCUCAUCAUAGAAGAGCAGCAACUUCCUGCACUGCAGUUGCAAAACAUGAGAUUGAAAUAAAGAGUUACAUAAAGAGUGAAAGUAUUACCUUCGGAUGUACAAUUUGUUUGCAAGAAUUUGUGGAAGAGAAUGCAUACUAUGAACAUAUGAUCAUGCAUCUCCAGGACGCUGGCGGCGACGCUGCAUGUGAUGCAUCACAAGUGUGCGAGCCUCGUGCAGCUGUGAGCCGCAGCGGUGACUCACUCGUGCUGCAGAACAAGUCAGUAUACAACGACGCUGCAUGUGAUGCAUCACAAGUGUGCGAGCCUCGUGCAGCUGUGAGCCGCAGCGGUGACUCACUCGUGCUGCAGAACAAGUCAGUAUACAACGACGCUGCAUGUGAUGCAUCACAAGUGUGCGAGCCUCGUGCAGCUGUGAGCCGCAGCGGUGACUCACUUGUGCUGCAGAACAAGUCAGUAUACAACGACGCUGCAUGUGAUGCAUCACAAGUGAGCGAGCCUCGUGCAGCUGUGAGCCGCAGCGGUGACUCACUCGUGCUGCAGAACAAGUCCGUAUACAAGGACGCUGCAUGUGAUGCAUCACAAGUGUGCGAGCCUCGUGCAGCUGUGAGCCGCAGCGGUGACUCACUCGUGCUGCAGAACAAGACAGGGAGUCAGAGGCUGAGCGAUGAGCCUCCCCCGGCUGCAGGCUGCGCUCCGGCUGUAGUCGCUCCACUGUCCGCGAGACUUGCGGCAAACGACGAGAGCAAAGUGCAGGCAACUGAAGGAGCAGGUGCGAUCCUGACAAGCCAACAAAUCCUUGAAACUGACAUUGACGAACUGGACAACCGAUCGUCUCAUAGCAGCACCAAACCAUGCACAGAUAUAUAUAGAUUGACAAAUUGCGUAGUCCAGUUAUACGAUAUAUUCAAGAAACCCAAGAAAGCUGUACUAGAUGAGAAUCCACACGUGAGAGCUCACACUGCCACAAAGCCUUACUCUUGUGACUUAUGCAAUUAUAAAACUGUACAUAAAGGUAGCUUGUUAAGACACACAAUAACCCACACUGGUGAAAAGCCAUUUUCCUGUGAGAUAUGUAGUUAUAAAUGUGCACGAAAAAGUAGUUUAUUAGAGCAUAUUAAAACUCACACUGGUGAAAAACCAUUUUCCUGUGAGAUAUGCAGUUAUAAAUGUGCACUAAAAAGUCAUUUAUUACAGCAUAUUAAAACCCACACUGGUGAAAAGCCAUUUUCCUGUGAGAUAUGCAGUUAUAAAUGUGCUCGAAAAAGUAAUUUAUUACAGCAUAUUAAAACCCACACUGGUGAGAAACCUUUUUCCUGUGAGAUAUGUAGUUAUAAAUGUGCACUAAAAAAUAGUUUAUUACGGCAUAUUAAAACCCACACUGGUGACAAACCAUUUUCCUGUGAGAUAUGUAGUUAUAAAUGUGCACUAAAAAGUAGUUUAUUACACCAUAUUAAAACCCACACUGGUGAAAAGCCAUUUUCCUGUGAGAUAUGUAGUUAUAAAUGUGCACUAAAAAGUAAUUUAUUACAGCAUAUUAAAACCCACACUGGUGAAAAGCCAUUUUCCUGUGAGAUAUGCUGUUAUAAAUGUACACGAAAAAGUCUUUUAUUACAGCAUAAUAAAACCCACACUGGUGAAAAGCCAUUUUCCUGUGAAAUAUGUAAUUAUAAAUGUGCACUAAAAAGUAAUUUAUUACAGCAUAUUAAAACCCACACUGGGGAAAAGCCAUUUUCCUGUGAGAUAUGCUGUUAUAAAUGUACACGAAAAAGUCUUUUAUUACAGCAUAUUAAAACCCACACUGGUGAAAAGCUGUCGUCUUUCCAGCGCGUGUAGGGUCUGCUUUACGACGUUUGCAUGAUGGUUUUACAAGUUAGCCCUUGAUUACAAUCUCACCUGAUGGUAAGUGAUGAUGCAAUCUAAGAUGGAAGCGGGCUAACUUCUUAGGAGGAGGAACAAAAUCGCUUGGCGGUACGUCUUUGUCAGUAGGAUGGUAACUAGCCACGGCCGAAGCCAGCCAGACCUGGACCAAUUAACAAAACCUCAAUCGGCCCAGCCGGGAAUCGAACCCAGGACCUCCGUCUUGUAUAUCCACUGCGCCACGGAGGCCGUAACAUGUCCAGCCCAUUUUCGUUAUUGUUUUAACUCUCACGCCCGGUGGGCGUAGCGAGGUGCGCCCCCCCCCCCCCCCAGCAGAGUGGUCGGAUACUUCAGAAAUAAUAGUUUCUGCGAAAACCGGGCGAAACCGAAAUUGAGACUAAAGCUGAAGUGAUUUACUCAAUUUAAGUAUAGCUGUGUGUUUGUUUUAUUUGUUUUGUACAAGAAGUUUUGUAUGCAAUAAUUAUUUUUCUUUCAUUAAAUAAAUGAAUAAAAUAGCCUUUUAUUUUAAACAGCGAUUGAUUACACGA